AUGUAUCUCUAUCUGCUCAGCUUUACUUUAAUGGCCGCAGGCGUUUUGGGGGCCACGAAAUGCGAUUAUUUGUUCGAAUCCGCCAAUGAUAUUGGGUAUAGCGAGGUGCGCAGCUCGAAAACUUGCAAAGAUUUGUUGAAUAACGAAUGGAAAUCGUAUCGAAAGUGUAAUGAGCAGCAGCUGGAUGUGUCGUUGUUCACGGAGACGGUGUUUCCAGCUGAUAAACACUUGUGAGUAAUUUAAUUUUGUCGAUUUUUGCGGAGUUUAGGCUGAUUUGACAACGAAAAUGGUGUUUUGGACUUGGAUUUCGAUGGAUUGUUACCUAAAAUUAUAGUUUUUGGGAUUAUCGUUGAAGAAAAUGUCUUUCUUCGGCUUUUGAAAGAGGAUUUGACACCUAAAACAAUGGUUUUCUGCCCGAUUUUGUGUGAGAAAUAUAAUUCUAGCCAUUAAAAUAGGCGUUGAUACCUAAAGCAAUCGUUUUUUGGCUCCAUUACGAACGUACACUACCUUGAAAAUGAACUUCUUUCACAGCUAAAAUAUUAAACUAUCUUAUUAUAACUAAAAGUUUCCUUAAAUUUGUCGAAAAAAUGUCAAAAACUUUGUUUCCAGUCUUCCAUUCAUUCGCCUUAACAUGAGUGCGAAUGUUUUGAAGCCAGCCGAGUCGAUCUUCUUCUUUUACUCUUGCCUACAUGCUCCAGAUCAAACAGACAACUAUUGUCAUGACAAGGACAUCCAACUCAAUAAGUACGGAGAGCUGGUUGAGCCUUGUCGAGGGUUUAUUGUCAACGACAGUGCUGUAAGUUUAAAAGAAUUUUGAAAAAAUGUUACCUAAAAUUUGAAAAAAGCUGCACAAUCUAGGGGUACAUGAAGAAAUGGAUAAAGUAUAUCCUUAUACUAUCAUUUCCAGGCCGAAUUCCGAGCAGAUGUCAACUGUUUUCGCCUCUACGGCGAAUCACAAUAUAUGGUAACGGUGGCGAUACGCCCCCAAAACUGUCGCACCGAGCUCUUCUUAACCAUGCCUCGGGACAAUCGGUACGAUCCUCGAAUCUACAAUGCUUUUGACCAAGAUGAUCCCCAGGGCAAGUCCUACGAACAAUGGUCACCUUUCCUAUUCGUCGAUACCACACCAUCAGAUGGCAUAUGGAUAAGAUACGAAGAACCGCCGAAAGCGGCCAAAGUUUUGGACAUUAACUUGAAUUUGUACUCCAAAGAAGGUGAUAAGAUCAAGUUAAUCAAAAAGAUGGUGGUUAACACGAAAUCGACCGGUAAAAGAAGCGCCAGAAGUUUGGGCAGCCAAAAAGUUGUUGAUCGAGGGAAGAUUGAUUUUUUGACCGGUAAAACUGACGAUACUUACACAAAUUUGGUCUCAUCUGAAAGCCAACAACCUGCUCUAUCUAAGAAAGCCCAUUUAUCGACCGGUCGAAGAUUUGCUAGAUCGGUACAAGGCGAUUUAUCGACCGGAAUCAAGGCCCAGAACCUAGAAAAAGGCGAAUACGUGGUUGUAGGCUAUGUAAAACGCCACAAUUGCGAGCUACAUUGCAAUAAUGAUGGUUGUGAGAUUUGCCUGUAUACUAUGCUCAAUUUUACUCUGAGUGAGAAUAAGUUUACUACGACUUGGAAGAGGAUACGACCGUUGGUUAACGCGGCGAAAAGCUCGUUGACGGUUUUGAUUGGUACGUUUUGAAGUUUUUUUUAAAUGUUUUUUUGCAAAAACUUGAAAGUUUUGAUAAUUGUAAAGAAAGUUCUUUUUAUGUUUUUCUAUUUGGAAAAAAUUUUUUUAUUUUUCUUUUUGAAAAUUAGAUUUUUAGCCAUUUUUUGAACAGAAAAACUAUAUUUUUAUAUUUUUUAGCCUAAAAAUUAAUUUUCUGCCAUUAUUUUUUAACAUUCUUUCAAAAACAGUAAAAACCGUCCAAAAUCCACCCUAAAACCUUAUAAACCCUUCCUUUCCCUUCCUUAAGCGAUUCAAAACGAAAACAAAGAGGAAACGAAGCGUGCAGGGAUGGCCGAGUGGUCUAAGGCGCUAGACUCAAGCGAAACAGCUUCGUCGCAACCCGACGGUUCGGAGCCUUCUAGUAUCGUUAUCGAUGCGUGGGUUCGAAUCCCACUUCCUGCAGAAGUUUUUGCAUUUUUUGAUGGAUUCUGGGUAACAAAGUUAAGAUUUCUUGAUAUUUUAGGUAACAGAGGUUUUAAAAUUGUAUUCUAGAGGGGUCUCACGGGGUUUUGGGUUUAAAAUGGCUGAUUUGGACAAUAAAAUUGGUUUUGUAAAGCCAUUUUUCACUUUGUAAAGAAAGUUCUUGCCAUUUUUUGUUUUGUAAAGAAAUUUCUUGCCAUAUCUGUUUUGUAAAGAAAGUUAUUGCUAUUUGCUGUUUUGUAAAGAAAGUUCGGCCCAUUUUACAUUUUGUAAAGAAAGUUCCUGCCAAAAAAAGUUUAAAAAAAAUUUUUAGGUAUUAUAAUCAUAUUGUGCAUAUCAGCCGUUGUCCUCGUCAUCUAUAUCAAGUUCAUUCGUCCAAAGUUGUUCAGUCGGCGACCGGCGCAACAAUUCGAGUUGCAGGAGUCGCCGAAGCUACUAAUCGUCUAUUCGGACGAUUCUGAAUCUCACAGUGACGCUGUAGCUCAGCUGGCACAUUUCUUGAGGCAGAAUGCGAAUGCACAAGUGCAUUUGGACCAGUUCGAUCUAGCCGAUCCGAAUGUUCGGCCGUCGGUGUGGCUACAACAACAUAUUGAUGACUGCGACUAUGUUAUCGUAGUCUUCUCGGAGGCUUGUCGACAACUUAUGAAUGGGAAACAAAUGCGGCAGAGAAGGCCGUACCCGGAUUUGUUCAAUAGUGCACUGUUCUUGGUGAUUACGGUAGGUUACGGUGGAUUUUUGAGGACGAUGAUUUGGUUGGGAGGGUAGGGUAGAUAAGGUAGGGUAGGGUAGCCUAGGGUGGGUUGGGUAAGGUAAGAUAGGUUAGCCUAGGGUGUGGUAGGUAAGGAUGUUCUAAGCUAAUGUGGGACUGAGUAGGGUCUAUAGUACGAUAGACUCUUGGAUACGGUAAUGUCUAUGGUACGGUACUUAAGUUGCUGUAGGCUUAGUAGGGUAGGGUAGGCGAAGGUAGGGUAGGGUAGGCGAAGGUAGGGUAGGGUAGGGUAGGGUAGUGUAGGGUAAGGUACGGUAGGUUAGGGUAUGGUAGGGUACGGUAGAUUAGGGUAUGGUAGGGUACGGUAGGGUAAGGUUGCGUACUAUAGGGUAGGUAGAGCAGGGGUAGACUUGGUAUACUGUAACAAAACCCUUUCAGGCAGUAAGUCGUAUAACAAAUACCGCUCCCAUCUUCAGCAACAACUCAACUACUCCAUCUCAAAAUGGCAAUUCAAAUUUAAGUCGAGCCAACUUGGCCAAAUUCAUAGUAACCAGAUUCGACUACUCUUCUCCUACCGUAAUCCCCGACUUUUUCAAUUUGGCUAGAUGCAAAACUUUUGUCAUUCCAAAUGAUUUAAAGCUGCUAGUAGCACAUUUACAUCAUGUGGAAACAGAUGGCAAUCGAUUGGAAUAUCAAACGGAAACCGGUGAAAUCGACCGGUCGAUAAGUUUGCACAAGCAAUUUAUGGAACGAAAUCCGGGAUUUUUGGAAGAUCGGUACGACUUUGAAAUUUUUGGGGUGGUUUUAUAGGGUUUUGAGAUUUUUAGAAAAAUUUUUGGGUCCCGACACGAAAAAAAAACAUAAAAUUGACUGCAAAUUUGUGUUUAAUGCAUUCUAAGGAUAAUAAAUGUUAUUUUAGAUUACUUCAGAAUUAAAAAUAGCUAUUUUAAGCAUUUUUGAAAUUUUUGGGUCCCACCACGAAAACCUGAAAAGGCAAAAAUCGGCUUAUAACAAGCAUAUUAAGGUUUAUAAAUGGUAUUUUUGGUAGCUUUAGAAUCAACAAUACUUAUUUUUAAGAGUUUUCAAAAAUUUUGGGUCCCACCACGAAAACAUGAAAAGUUUAAAAUUGUAUUAAAAUCGACUUUUUAUUAACAAAGGGGUAAAGGGUGUUUAAUCGAAGUUUUAAUGCUUUUUGAGUUGUCAUUUUAAAAAUUUUAAAAACUUAAAAAUUUAAAAUAACCGUAUUUUAGCUUCAUGACGGCCGAAGAAAUCGAAAAACUCGGCCCAAUAAAGCCGACCGACCUGCCCGAACAAAUCAAUCGGCCGGAUUUGGCGGAUCUGGGCCAAAAACUGGGCCUUAUCACAAGCGCCGAGUCGGACGAAGAAGAUACCGGUCUCUACAGUAAUACCUCACCUCAAUACCCACUAAUCCACCCUGACGAUCUUCAGGACUCAGACGAGGAUUCAUAA